GGCAACGGGAGCGGAGAAAAGAAAGCUGAGAGCCCGAAGGCAGCAGCCCCCACCACCGCCGGCCCAGGUUACCAUCUAGCACCGGGAAACACACUAGAGAGCCACCGCCGGCACAAGUCUUUACCAACCAGAAACCAUCAUGAGCACCGAGGCCGAGACACAACAACCGCCGCAGCCUGCCGCCGAUGCGGAGAGCCCAUCCAGCCCGGCAGCCGCAGCUACCGCGGGGGACAAGAAGGUCAUCGCAACAAAGGUCCUGGGGACAGUGAAGUGGUUCAACGUUCGGAACGGCUAUGGUUUCAUCAACAGGAAUGACACAAAAGAAGAUGUCUUUGUACACCAGACUGCCAUAAAGAAAAACAACCCAAGGAAGUAUCUCCGCAGCGUGGGGGACGGAGAGACUGUAGAGUUUGAUGUGGUCGAAGGGGAGAAGGGUGCAGAAGCAGCAAAUGUCACCGGCCCAGGCGGAGUCCCAGUCCAGGGCAGCAAGUACGCAGCGGACCGUAACCGCUAUCGACGGUACCCACGCCGGAGAGGGCCCCCGCGCGACUACCAGGACAACUUCCAGAGUGAUGGAGAUGGCGAGGGGGAGGUCCGGGAGAAGCGCGAGGGAGGAGCGGAGAGCGCCCCGGAGGGGGAGGGUCCGGCCCAGCAGCGGCGCCCCUCCUACCCCGGCAGACGCAGAUAUCCCCCUUACUUCGUGCGCCGGCGCUAUGGACGCAGACCCCCCUACAGCAGCGCCCCCCGUGGGGAGAUGACCGAGGGUGGAGAAGGAGACGACAACCAGGGUGGUCAAGACCAGGGCAACAAACCUGUGCGGCAGAACUACUACAGAGGCUUCAGGCCAAGGUUCAGACCCAGUAGGGGCCCGCCACGGCCGCGGCCAGUGCGUGAGGGCGAGGAGGACAAGGAGAACCAGGGUGACGGCGCGCAGAGCCAGGAACCCCGGCAGCGGCGCUACAGACGCAACUUCAACUACCGCCGCAGACGCCCCCAGACCGGCAAGCCUCAGGACGGCAAGGAGGGCAAGGCCUCCGACGCCCCCGCCGACAAGCCCGCUCCCGAGGCCGAGCAGGCCGGGCCCGAGUAACAGCACACACACCGGCUUACCAUCUCUACCAUCCUCCGGUGAGUGAUGUCAACACAAAGAAACAUCAAAGAUGUGAGCAAUAAGAACCAGAUUUGACUUGACGAUCGUCUAAGCUUGCAACUCGCAUUUGACCAGAUUUCCACCGAUUGCCUGCAGGAUCUAUGCAGACCCCUUUUUUUCCAUUCUUUUUACGUGACAGCUUAGAGCUCUGGGGAAACAGCAGCUGCUUUUCUAAAUCGGUCUUAAGUUUUUACACCAAAUGGUUUUUAAAGAAAAAAAAAAGUAAUUUGAUAUCUGGUCAGUUUGACAUUUUUAAAUAACUUUUUAUGUAUUCAAACAUGAAUUUUGACAAAAAGGCAAGCUCAAAUAAAAGUCAAAGACGAACUUUA